AUGGCAUCAGGACUUAUAGUCACUCCGGGAGGUGGGAUGGAUCCAAAUCGCGCCAGGAAUCUUUUCCGAGUGGCAAAGAUAGACUAUCCCCUGUAUCCCAUUUUUACACCCGAAACGGCCGUAGAGUCUCUGAGUAAGGCUGCAGCCUUAAUCAACCAGAUCGCGUUUCAGGUUGCUUACAUAGAUAGACCACAAGAGGGGAAAAUAUACUUGAUUGUAAUGCCCCCAAAUGCAGAAGAACUGCCAAGUGAUGGAUAUAUUUAUAUGGAGAAUGAAGCAGUAUACAAGAUAACGUUAAAUGACGGUCGGGAAUUGCUCUGGGCAGAAAGAAAGCACGGGUUCGCACCUGGCGAUCUUUAUACUUCAAAGAUGAGACGAAGGUACCGACUAACACAAGGUCCUGAGAAUUUACAAUUAUUAUACUAUGGCAAACUGGAUGAAGUUGCCAAACCGAUUAAUCACGCACUUAUUAGAUCCUAUGGACAUCAUCGGCUUCCUCAUUUAACACCAAGUUUUGCGCGACCAUACCAACCGACGAACAUGCAGAUGUCAACACCCGUUCACACAGUUCAGCCAGCAACACUGAAUCGUAUGCAAUCAAUGGUAAUGGCGCCAGGCAUACCUAUUGCUAAUUUAUAUGGGCAAUAUCAGCAUCGUCAACCUAUCCCUCCAAAUAGAAACAUGAUGCAGCCACUUUCGGUAAACUCGAAAGCUCCACAAAAGAGACCGCGGGGAAAGCCAAAAGGACCUGCGGCCUCGCAGUCACCUUCUGAUGAAGACAUAUCUGGCGAUGAGCUUGAUAGUCAAAGACCUCGGGAUGUUGCAAUUCAAAGAUACAAGAGGCACCAUGAAUUUUUAGCAGAGAUAUUCUCUCCAUUUCCGAUCAGUGCUAUACCCGAACCAGAGUCCGUCUAUGCUUCGAUAAACGUUGAAGACAAGAAACGAGAGUUGACGGAAAUAGAAUCAGAGAUCGAACGGCUGAAAAAGGAACACCAAGAGAAAAUAAAGGAAUGGAAUCGCAAUACAAAUAUUUUGUCAAAGGGCAUAAACGAUUUGAAGAGCGCCCAGAGUAUCGAGGACCUGGAUGUUAUUCAAUCAAUAUUCAACAAAGACCUUGAUAUUGUAAUCUUGCCUCAUCAACCGCUAACGGUUGUAGAACUCGAUCACGCACUCUUUGAACAGGACGACGACGAUGUCGACAUGGGUGGCAAUUUAAAUUCCUCCACCCAGCAACUAUUACAUGGUAUGGAUGGCGUAGUUGAUGAUGAACAAGGCUUGUCAACGUUUGCUUUGCAGCAGGAUUUAUCAGCAGAUGGAGGGAGUGAGUUGCAGGCUAUACUUGAUGCUGCUAAUCUAGGAGGAGCUGUAUUUGACGACUUGGAUGAUUUAUCACAUAUGGGCGGGGAUGUGUUAGAAUAG